AUGUCGUCUGGCUGGAACACAUCAUCUCAGCCGUAUAGGCCUUUGAAUGUUAGAGACGCGUUGUCAUAUCUGGAUCAGGUCAAGAUACAAUUCAAUGAUCAACCUGACGUAUAUAACCGCUUUUUAGAUGUUAUGAAGGAAUUCAAAGGCCAAAUCAUCGAUACACCUGGAGUAAUUGACCGUGUAUCUACCCUGUUUCGAGGUCAUCCAUCACUCAUCCAAGGAUUUAACACUUUCCUUCCUCCCGGUUAUAGAAUUGAAUGUAUGGGCGCAGAGGGAGAUUCAAACGGGUUGAUUACAGUUACCACUCCAGCUGGUACAGUAAGUCAAAUACCAGGAAACUUUGCGGCUGCUAUAGAUCAAAGGGAAAGAGAGGCUAGAGACUCUGCAGCCGUUCGACCUCCACCUCCUUCCGAGACCACCACCAGGGAAAGAGACACGAGGCCCGCCGCUCCUCCUCCAGCUUCCUCAUCUUCAACUCAACCUCUCCCUCCUCUGCACUCACAUCUCGCUAGUGGUUCGACACCGUUUCAAGGUGGUAGCGCAACUCACUCUCGACCAAACACCGCUACAAACACUCCUACAGCCACUCCCGCAAGUCGAGCACCACCCCCUGUGACUACUGCUCAGGCUCCACCAGGUCCCCUACCCUUACCACCUCAUUCCCAGCAUCCUUUACCCCCUUCCGGUCCCUCAACCCCUUCUGCGGCUCAGUUUCUUGCUUCUGGUGGUCUGGGUAACAAUCAAAAUGCCUCUGCACAGAAUGCCCAAGGUGGUUCUCGAACGCCUAUAGUAGAGUUCAACCACGCUAUCUCCUUUGUCAACAAGAUCAAAAACAGAUUCAACAACGACCCUGAUACUUACAAGCAGUUUUUGGAGAUCCUACAAACUUAUCAACGGGACACCAGGGAUAUUGCCGAGGUAUACGAACAAGUCACUCGUCUGUUCAACAAUGCUCCUGACCUGUUGGACGAGUUCAAGCAAUUCCUUCCUGAAAACGGGCAAGGUGGAUUCGGUGGUAUGGCUGGAUUUGGCUCCUUCGUGCAAGCCGCUGCCGGCGCUCCACCCGUUGUAGCGGAGAAGCCAGUAGCUCAAAAGCGGGGUUCUAAAGAUGUCAAGGAACCGAGCGCGCAAAAGAAGAGGCGUCCCGCUGCCGAAACUGCAAAAGGAGCUGCGCAAGCCAAGAAAUCCAAAUCGGGUCAACGAGGUGAAUCUCCUGUCGAAGAUGUUGAACAAGUGUCUUCCGCUCCUCCCCUUUCUGGCAACCAGCCGCAAACUCUCGCUUCUCCCGACGAAGUUGCCUUUUUCGAUAAAGUGAAGAAAGCAAUCGAUGAUAAAGUCGUCUACCAUGAAUUCCUGAAACUCAUCAAUUUGUUUGUGCAAGACAUGAUCGACACCAAAACUCUGCUGGAGCGAGCCUACUAUUUCAUAGGCGAAGCUCCUGAAGUCUGGGCUAACUUCCAGAAAGUGGUCGGGGCGACCGCAGACGGCAAAGCUCCUCCCAACCCUGCCACUGCACAGGGCGGAUACAGUUUUGGUGGAAUGGUUGGAGUCGAUAACCAGGUUGUGGAGAACGUACCUAUGCUCGAACGAGUCAAGCCUGACCUGGGCGCGAAAUACGUCAAGUCGUACGGUCCAAGUUAUCGUAAACUCCCUAGAACGGAGAUCAAUCUUCAAUGUACUGGUAGAGAUGCUAUGUGCUGGGAAGUACUCAACGAUGAGUGGGUAUCCCAUCCCACAUGGGCUGCGGAAGAUGCGGCACCCUUCAUCUCUCACAAGAAGAACACCUACGAAGAAAUGCUUCAUAAGUCGGAGGAAGAACGACACGAGUAUGAUUACCAUAUCGAAGCGAACCUCCGCACUAUUGCAUUACUUGAACCUCUCAAUAACAAAAUCCAAAUCAUGGAUCCUGAAGAACGAGCCAAUUUCAAUCUCAAAGCAGGCCUCGGUGGUCAAAGCAAAUCAAUAUACCAGCGUAUCAUCAAGAAGGUCUAUGGUAAAGAGCUGGGUCCUGACAUUAUCCGGGCUCUUCAUGACAAUCCCGUCGUUGCGCUUCCGAUCGUUCUUGAUCGAUUGAAGGCGAAAGAUGAAGAGUGGAAGAAGGCCCAGCGGGAAUGGAACAGAGUUUGGAGAGAGCAAGAUGCUAAGAAUUUCUACAAAGCUCUUGAUCACCAAGGUGUUCAAUUCAAACUGUCUGACAAGAAAACCCUUAUGCCUAAGAGUCUGAUGGCGGAGAUCGAAUCCAAAAGGCGAGAACAAAUGAAUGUUCGUUCGGCUUUACUCGAUCCUCGACCUUGGCGAGCUAGACCCCAAAUCGAAUUCCAAGUGAAAGAUAUGGAAGUCCUAAAAGAUUCCGUGAAGCUCAUCAUCAGCUAUCUCGAUCGAGUCAGUAACUCAUUGUCUACUCAAGAUCAAAAUCGCGUGGAGCGUUUAUUGCGGGAUUUUGUCCCUCUUCUUUUCAUGCAAGACAAGGACGAAUUCGAUGCGGACUUUGGAGAUGAUGAUGGGGAGACACCAGGUGACGACUCUGAAGAAUCUGAUGGUGACAUCAGUAUGGCCGACGAUGACGAAACAGCCAGUGUCGCUUCUACAUUCAAGAAAGGCGGUAAGAAAACAGCUCACGCCGCCGAUUUACGGAAGAAGCUCCUCAAGCAAGUAGGAGAAAACGCUGGGAGGGAGAAACGAGGAUCAACCAUGACACCUGGACCCGAAGGUGAUGCGCCUGCCGAAAGAGCACCCUCAGUUGAAGGAACACCGCUCACUGAAUCUGGUGAAAGAGCUGAGACUCCACUUCCUGUACCUGCCGAUCCAGCAGAUGUUGCCGAGGCCGUCGAAAAGGAUAAAGCUGGUGCAGAGGCAUCAGAACAGACCUGGGUGCAAAUUGAUGGUUUAGUGGAAUCUCGUGGUCAAUCAGAGAAGAGCUCCGAGGCUGGCAUCCCUGCUGAAUCCAAACCUAAGGCAACAAGGAAAGCAAAUUUCUUCGCCAACAAUCAUUUCUACAUCCUCCUUAGACUCAUCCAAAUCCUUUAUUCCCGUUUGGCGAUGUGCAAAGACAUUGCUGAUAAGCUUUGUUCGGAAAAGAAACAACCUAUAAAUCCGUUGGCUAUCAAGCUUGGGUUAGCUGAACCUGAAUCUCACUUUUUUGGGAUCGAGGAUGGUGAAAAUCCCGCUCAACACUACUAUGGUCACCUCCUCAGUAUGGCCGAAAGAUUAUUCGAAGCCGAGGUGGAUAAUGCUCACUUUGAAGAAACUCUCCGAGUUAUGUUUGGAACAAAGGCAUAUAUCAUGUUCACAGUCGACCGAGUCAUUGCGGCUAUCAUACAAACGAUUUUGGGAGAUAUGAAGUCCCAAGAAUUGUUUGCUCUCUUGCAACGAGACAGAGUCAACGAAAGGACUACAACCAGACGACAAAUAGCUUAUAGGAUGCAAGCUGAGGGUGUAUUAGGGUCAGAAGAGAAUCUGUUUAAAAUAUCAUACGCUUCAUCAAAAGAUACAGUCUCAAUCCAGCUUUUAGCCCGAGAGGACCUGACAGUUGACGAUGCGGAGACAGCUCAAGAGAAAUGGAGACAAUAUAUCGAGAGUUACGUGUUGACCCAUGCGACGGAGGGAUUGCCGCAUCGUGUGGAUCCUCCCUUGCUUCAAAGAAAUGUCGACAAAGAUCUUCAGCUUGCUCCGGACUCAAUAGUAACAAAGGAUGGUAUGGAGAUCAAGAUUGCUUUGGGCAACUAUAGGAUGUUCUUUACUCCUGAUACCGAGGACUAUUUCCAUUUGAAGCGAAGCGCCACCGAGGUAAUUGAUACCGACGCCAAAGAAAAAGCUUAUCUAAUGGGAGCUAAAAAGAGGUUAGACGAAUGGGUUGAUCAAUCGUUUAAAGGUGAAGGAGGUUCUGCUGCCAUAGCAACCACCUCAUGA